GAGGAACAACGUGUGUGUGUGUGCGUGUGUACACGUGUGAUACAGACCAGAGAUACUGAGCAAACCGAGGCGUGUGUAAGAAGGAUUUAAGAAACAUAGACGUGCACAGGUGACUUUUCACCUCAGCCAAACCUGCAGGAUGUUUAAGAAGAAAGAUGCCAGCACCAAGAAUGCCCCCAAAGACAGCAACACCCUUAAGACAUCAUCCAGUAUGACCAAGUCUCAGGUGAAUGACCUGGCCUUGAUCAUCGCUCGCAUGCAGAAAAAUGCAGACACUUUGGAAAAAGAUGUGCUGCGGGCUGAGGAACUGCUGGUCAUUGAUGCAGAAUAUGAGAAGAACAGCAAGCCAUUUAAACACCAGUCGGAGAACUCUGCCCACUUGACAGAGGCUGAGGGGCUUAUCAAAGACCUCUUUCUGGAUUUGGACAAAGCCAAGAAAAUGCAGCACCCACAGGCAGGAGAGAUUGAAAAAGACGUGAGUCGCCUGCAUGAGCGCUGGUUAAAGGACUGCGUGUUCUACCGUGAACUGUACAAGCAGGUGAACGAGAUCGGCCUGCAGCCACGCAUCAACUGGGCUCAGGUGUUUAACCAGAAACAGGCAGAUAUAAACUCAAAUGCGUAUGGACCCAGCAUGGCCGAACUGGAGAAACAGAUUGCAGCUCAUAAUAUUCUGCACAAGGAGAUUGAAGCCUACAAUACACAGCUCAGCCCCGACAGCACCAGCUCCAAGGAGGAAUAUGCUGCACUCAGGAAGCAAUACAGCAAUUUAUUGGAUAACUCAAAGUGGCGGAGUCACUACCUGAACAGCCUGUACGAGUACAUGCAGGGCUGUAACAAAGAAGUGGUCUACCUGAAGGACGAACAGGCCAAGACCCUCCAACAGGACUGGAGCGACCGCAUGGUGGAUCCGUCCGAUGUUCGCCGUCGCUACGAGAACUUCAAAAACGUCAGUCUGUUAUCUCAUGAGAGCGAGGUGAACAAACUGCAGGAUGAUGGCGAUCGUUUGAUGGAGCUGAAACACCCUGCUUCCAACACAGUUGAGGCCCACAGAAACAAUCUGAGAGACGAAUGGCAGAAAUUCCUGAACCUUUGCAUCUGCCAAGAAACACACCUGGAUAAUGUGGAGAACUAUAAAAAGUACCAACUAGAUGCAGAGACCCUGUCUGAAUCCUUAUCAGGUCUAAGCUCCACAGUGGACCCCAAAGCUCUAGCUAAGAAGACCAACACAGAGACCCAGCUGCAACUCGAGGCAGAGGAAAGGCCUCUUCAGCGCUGUGAGCAGCUUUUAGCCGACCUGAGAAAGCGCAGCACCUCCGUUGCUCCUCUUAAACUCCGUCGUACUGCCCCCACCCGCCCAACUACCGUGGAGUCUCUGUGUGACUGGGACACACCCAAGGCAUCCAUAUCCAGAGGGGAAAAAUUCACCCUGAAGUCCAACACCAAUGCAAACUGGGACGUGGUGUCUGCUGAUGGGGUAACCAAAAGUGCUCCCGGGGUCUGCUUCCUGGUUCCUCCACCUGAUCAAGAUGCCAUCAACAAAGUUGAUCUGAUGGGCAAAGAGAUGGAAGACCUGAGAAAAAGGCGUACAGCAGUGAGGUCCACACUAAAGGCUCAGGUCCCAGAAUCAUCACAAGCCUUGAAAUCAGGUUCUUUGUCUAAUAGUCUGGCGAACCCGAAAGCUGGAGAAAUCAGUGGACGUCUAGAUCAGCUUGACUUAGACCUCACAGCAGCAGAACAGAACAUGUUGAACAGAAUGAGAGUACCGCUGGACACCAACGAUCCUACCAGAGAUCUCACCAAACGCCUAAGUGACCAGGAGAGAGCAGCAGCGGAUUUACGCCAGCUGGAGCAGCAGAAAGCAGCAGCACAGAGGGAUCUACAACCACUUUUGUCCAUGGACCGCAAUGGCCCGGUAUCAUCGGUUCUGCCAGAAAAACUGAAUCGGGUCGAUAACAAGACUACCAGCCUCAACGCUCUCAAUGAUCUCUACACCAAAAAGGCUAAUGCAUCUCUGAGCUUGGAGAGCCAAAUAAGAAAAGUGGACGGAAUUGUUUCUAACUUUGAGAAGCAGUUGAGUAAAGAUGGUGCUAUUUCAGACUCUCCCAAUGCUGUGCAGAACCGCAUCCAGGACUUGCAGAGUCUGAAAAAAGAGGUGGCUGUUGCUCAACCCGAUAUGCAGAAGCUGAACAAGGACAUGGAGAUCACGGCAAACCUGUGCAGUUCCCUGCAGCAGGGAUAUCAGGAGUAUUGCCCCGAUAUACGUAGACAGGAGACUCAGGUUAAAAACCUGCAGACACGCUAUGCUAACAUCAACAACCAGCUAGGAAACAAAGAAAGCCUUUUGCAAGGAGCUGUGACCAAAAAUAAUGACUUUCAGAACGCCAAUCAGUCCCUAAACACAUUCCUUGACAAUCUGCCCAACAACAAGAUCAGGCCCAGUGAUGAUUUAGCCCAAGUCAAUGCCAAGCAAAUGUCUCAAGUGAGGGUGGUAGAGGACAUUAAAAGGAAAGGCUACGACGUGGAAAGAAUGGUGGAUGUCUCUCAGGACUUGCAGGAUGUCCUUAGUGAAUAUGAGGUUAACUCUGACAAGUACAGAUCUACUCUCAAAAACCCUGAUGCAGUAAGAAAGCCCACCGUCUCUCUGGCUGACUCUGUGGCUAAACAGGAAAAGACUGUAGUAAAUCGCUAUGCUAAUGCAGCAGCUGAAAAUGACCAGCUACUCAACCAGAUGGACUUAGCAAAGAACCUUCUUGCAAAGAAAGAGGAACAAGUAGCCAUAGUGCAGCAGUCUCAACAGCUUCAACAAAGAAGUGCAGCAGAGAUUAAUGACCUACAGAGGGACCUUAAUGAGGAAAUUAGUAGGCGCAACCAAGUAGAAUCUGAGCUCAGGAGGUUUCAAGACAGAAUGGUGUCCCUACGGAGCAGAAAAGGUGUGGAGCGUGUGCAAGAGAAGGAGGUUCUGGAAUACUACCGUGACCCAAAACUUGAGGCAGACUUGAAAGACUUUCAGAGAAAUGUUCAUGAGGAGGCAAUGAGACGCACCCAAACCCAAAGUGAGAUCGAUGUUCUCACCAGAAGACUCACAUCUAUGGAAAGCGGGCUUAAGAGUACCACGCCCAAACUGGUAACUAGAGAGGUAACCAAUUACGAGAGAGACCCUCAACUGGAUAGGGAGGCCAAUAGACUGAGAGAGGAAAUCAGCAGACUGCUGAGUGAGGUCAAAGUUAAAGACAGCCAAGAAGGUAUACUGAAAACAGAGAUGGUCAUCUUGGAGCAAAAAAGACCCACUAUUAAAGAGAAGGUGGUGCAGAAGGAGGUUGUUCGAGUAGAGAAGGAUCCUGAGAUGCUGAAGGCAGUCAUGUCAUUUAAGAUGGAUAUUGAAGAUGAAGGGGAGAGGUGCAGGUCUUUGAACAAUCAAAUAUUUCAGUUCAAGAAUCAGAUCACUUCUCUUGAAAGACUCAUCCCUACCUUAGAGCCCAAGUAUGUGACCAAGGAAGUUAAGACAGUUGAAAAAGACCCGGCACUGAUCAGUGAGUCAACCAGGCUUCGGUCCACCAUAGAUGAAGACAGACACCAGAAUAAUAUGCUAACAAGGGAAUUGGGUGACCUUCAGUCACGUUAUAUUCAAAUUGAGCAGAUCAAACAAAAGAUUGACAUAAAGGAGAUUAUUAACGAGAUCUACAGGGUUUCCCCGGAGACUGAAGCAGAGACAGUUCGACUGAGAAGAGAACUUCAGGACACCACCAGGCAGAGUUCAGAAAUGGAGAGAAAGAUCAGUUUGGUCAGAAUUGAUCUGGAAGGUAUCUAUUCUCAGAAACCUACUAUAGAGUAUAGGGAAGUGGUUCAGGAGCUUGUGAAAGAAGAACGCAGCCCAGAAAAUGUAAGGGAGAUUCAAAAGCUCUCUGACCAAGUCUAUACCCUGCAAAGAUCUUUUAAUACUUCCCAAGAUGAGCUGAACCAUCUAAGGAAACAACGAGAUGAACUAAGAGCAGAAAAGUCAAAAGUGGAGACUCAGGUAGUGACUAAAGAGGUGGUCAAGCAUGUCAAUGAUCCACUCUUAGAAAAAGAGGCAGAUCGUCUAAGGAGAGAGGUACGUGAAGAGGCACAGACACGUAGAACAGUAGAGGAAAUGGUAUUUGAUCUUCAGAAUAAAUUCAUUUUGAUGGAAAGACAGAAACCAGAAGAAAAGGUGGUGGUACAAGAGGUGGUACGGUUAGAGAAGGACCCAAGGCAGCGUAUGGACCUUGAGAGGCUGGGAAGGACUCUGGAUGAAGAGGUUAAUAAUCGCAGGAAGGCAGAUCAGGAAGUGCAGCGGCUAAGAGCCCUGAUAGAGGAUAGGGAAAGAACGCUAAGAGAAAGUGAUGAGCGACAAAAAAGGAUUGAAGUUGAGACUGAGCUGUCAAGAAUCAAAUUCCGCAUCAACGAGCUGGAGAACUCACCACCACCAGUUCAAGAGCACAUUGUUAUGGAAGAAGUUCUUAAAGUAGAAAGGGAUCCAAAACUGGAGAAACUGACCAACAAUUUGAGGGCAGACUAUGACAAGGAGUGCAAUGAUGCCAUGCGGUUAGAGAGGGACAUAAGGAAUCUAAAACUCCAGAUUGACAUCCUGCAGAAAGAGAAAUCGUUUGAGAAAACUGUCUACAAGGAGGUGGUCAGGGUGGAAAAAGACCAGGUAGUAGAGUCUCAACUGUCUCACCUUAGAGAUCAGUUGCUUCAGCAAAAAAAUGCCAGACUAGAUGUGGAGGAUGAAAUUCGACGGGCUAACGACAAGCUGCAGCGACUGCAAAGCAGAAAGUCAAACACAUCAUAUGAGGGGACUAGCCUUACAAACCAAAGAGAUUCCCUUCUAAACGAGAAACAGGACCUCCAACGUCAGCUAAGAGCUCUGGAGAACGAACAAAGAGAAAUCUCUGUCUCAUUCCAGCAGCAGUCUAGGCUCAUGAGUGAAAAAACCCAAAUUAACAGGCAUAAAAGCAUCAAGAUAGAGUCGGACAUUCAGCGUCUGGAGAGAGAUAUCUUGGAUGAGAAGGACAGGAUCUAUAAGCGGGACAACACUAUCACGGAGCUUAAAAACAGCCUGAAGAAAGAAGAAUCUACUCAAGAAACUCGUACACAGGAGAAAAACGUCUCCACUAGAAUUACCAUCCUGGAUCCUGAGACUGGUAAAGACAUGUCACCAUAUGACGCCUACAUUCAAGGGCUAAUUGACCGUACCCAGUACAUCCACUUGCAGGAGCUGGAAUGUGACUGGGAAGAGAUCACUACAGUGGGACCUGAAGGGGAGACAUCGGUCUUGCAGGAUCGCAAGAGUGGCAAGCAGUACCCGAUUAAAAAUGCCCUCAGAGAUGGCAAUGUGACAGAAACUCAACUCAAACAAUACAAGGACGGCAGGAUGCCCAUAUCAGAGUUUGCUCUUCUCGUCGCUGGAGAAAAGAAAAAGCUGUCUUCGAUCACAUCGACCACAAUCCAAAAGACCUCACAAAAACCCUCAUACAGCAAUAAUAUCAAAAGCAAUGACCGUCUCCCUAUUUGUGGAAUCUAUGACAAAGACACUGAUUCAGGCAUUUCAGUGCGCCUGGCUCUGGCCCGAAAGAUGAUUGACCCAGCUACCGGGCAAAGGUUGUUGGAGGCGCAAGCAGCAACUGGUGGUAUUGUGGACAUCAACAAUAAGGAAAGAUAUUCCGUUCAUAAAGCAGCAGAUCGCGGUCUGAUCGAGUCCAGCCAAAUGCAGCGCUUGCUUAAUGCUCAAAAGGCUUACACUGGGGUCGAAGAUCCUGUGACUAAAGAACGGCUGUCGAUCGGAGAGGCUGUUCAGAAGGGUUGGAUGCCCAAAGACACUGCAAUGCGAUAUCUGGAGGUGCAGUACCUGACCGGAGGCCUGAUCGAUCCCAAGCAAACAGGCAGAGUGAACGCCGUAGAUGCCGUGAAAGCUAAAAUGAUCGACAGUACGAUGAUGAGAGAGAUUCAGGAAGAGGCAAACCAUCCUAAAGAUCUAGUGGAUCCAGUGACGAAGCAGAAAAUCAACUACAAGCAGGCGUUGGCAUCCUGCAAGCCAGACAGAUAUUCAGGUCUACCAAUGCUUCCUGCAGCAACCACCGAUGCAUCCUACAUCCCUUCAUACUAUUCCCACAGAUCAUCUUACAACUACAAGUAGACCUUGUUAGAGCACAGCAGUCUCCACAGGUUCUGUUCAAAUGAACGGUAAAUGGCUGAGUAAAAACCAUUAAUGUUUAAAACAUUGAUUAAUACUUUACUAAACUUGUUGUACACCUCAGGAAAAUAAGUUGCCAAUUUACACUUUUCUUUUUUUUUUUAAAUCAAUGUAAUUCUAGAAUAGAAUAGAAUAAAUAGAAUGUCUAUUUGUCAUAUAUACAUAUACAUGUGUACAGUACAAUGAAAUGCUUUUUCCACAUAUCCCAGCUUGUGUGGAAGCUGGGGUCAGAGCGCGGGGUCAGAGCACAGGGUCAGCCAUUGUAGGGCACCCCUGGAGCAGGCAGGGUUAAAGGUCUUGUUUAAGGGCCCAACAGGUGCUGCACGGCAGAGCCGGGAUUCAAACACGCAAUCUUCUUAUUGAUAACUUCUUUGUUUACUUUAUCUGCAUGACCGUAUCUAUUCAUCAAAGAGAAAAUAUCAUCUAUCAAAGUUUAUUUUACUUGGGAUGACGGGUUGUCUUUUUUUCUUAUUAACCGAAAUAUCAAUAUUAUUUAAGUCUUUGUUUGCA